AGGUAAAACAUGGCGGCUUAGAUACUGCUCCAACUCCACACAGCGCGAAGAUUGGAUGCCAUGGCAGUCUCUUCUCUGCGAUUCCCGCUUUCCCCAUGGGCAAACAAAACUUCAUUUCCAUGCUUCCGUUUUCCCUACCCUAAUUUCGUUUCGUGGACCUCUCGUCUGAGUCCUAGACUGCUGUGCUGUUCCUCAUCUUCUACUGCUUCCACCGAUGCUCUUUCCACUCAGUGCGCCCCAGACCAGCUCCGGAAAUGGGAAGCUUUUCGGAAGAAGAAGGUCGUUAUGCGGAUUGGCUAUGUUGGGACUGAUUAUAGAGGGCUGCAAAUGCAACGCGAGCAAUCAUCACAUCCAACAAUUGAACAAGAAUUGGAAGCUGCAAUAUAUAAAGCUGGUGGAAUUCGUGAAAGUAACUAUGGAGAUCUGAACAAAAUCUCAUGGGCAAGGAGUAGUCGAACUGAUAAAGGAGUUCAUUCCUUGGCUACAACAAUAACCUUAAAAAUGGAAAUCCCUGAUAGUGCAUGGAUGGGCGACCCUUGUGGUAUUUUGCUUGCUAAUUACAUCAACUUUUAUCUUCCUGAAAAUAUCAGGGUUUUUGGCAUUGUACCUUCACAGAGGAGCUUUGAUCCUAGAAGGGAGUGUGAUGUUCGGAAGUAUACUUAUCUCCUCCCUGCUAAGCUUAUUGGAAUUGAAAGUAAGCUCACAACUACUGAAAUUGAUUAUCACAUCUCAGAAUUUAAGGAUAUAUUAAAUUCGUUUCAGGGGGAGCACCCUUUUCAUAACUAUACAAUACGUUCCAAGUAUAGAACAAGGAUUCGAACCAACCAAUCUCCAGGAUAUGUCCACAAGUCAGGAGAUGGGGUAUCAUCUAGUGAUUUGUCGAACUCUGAGUUUGAGGAAAGUGAUGGAGAAAACGAUAUUUUUGUUGGAGGAAUCAAGGAACCAAAUCAACAUUCUCCAAGCUUAAGUGGUAGUUAUGAGAAUACAUUUGAAGUAUGCAGUAAACUUGGAAAUGGAUCAGAGCUUCCACAGGGUGUUCGUGCAAGAUGGCUUCAUGAGCCAGAUGAGAAAGAUCGUAUAGGCGCCUCACACUUCAGAAAAAUCCUAUACUGUUCUUGUGGGAAGCUGGAAACAUCUCUUGGAUAUGAUUUCGUUGAGAUCUCCAUCUGGGGAGAAUCUUUCAUGUUGCAUCAAAUUCGAAAGAUGGUAGGCACAGCCAUUGCCGUGAAGCGGAAACUGCUCCCAAGAGAUAUCAUAGCAUUGUCACUGAGCAAGUUCUCUAGAAUAGUUCUGCCCAUUGCUCCAGCUGAAGUCUUAGUCCUAAGAGGGAACAGGUUUUCCAACAGAAAACGACCAGGAGCUCCAAAGAGGCCCGACUUGCUCACAUUAAACGAAUCCCACGACAUUGUCAAGUCAGUGAAUGAAUUCUACAGAUCGGCGAUAUUACCCGAGGUAACUAACUUUCUAGACAUAGAAAGACCCCCAUGGAAAGAAUGGGUGGAGAAAUUGGACAAGUACACAAGCAUUCCCAAUGAACAAUUGGAGGAAGUUAGGAAUGCUUGGAAGGCAUGGACAGGAAAAGGUAGAUUGUCUUGAUGUGUUGUUUGUGUGCCUCUCUUUUGUUGGAAGUAGGCAAAAACUUAAAGAGUAUUGAAGAGGAUGGGAGGCAGUUGAGUUAUUGAUGGUACAAAUUAUGGGAAUUGAGCGUUGAAUGGAUGUGGUCUGCGGCCACCCACCAGCCGCGUGGGGGCGUUUAAUAGCUCAGCAUCAACUGCAGACAACCCACUCCGGCACUCGGCAUUCGGCGGCAUUCAGCACCACCAUAAGGGAGUGUGCCUGCAUUCAAUGUAAACGGCUUAAAAGGCGUAAUAUAUAGGUGAGCCUUUGACAAGGCUGUACUGACGUUGAUUUAACUUAAUUUUUAGAUUUUUAUUUCAGGUUUUGGACUUUUAUUUCA